CGAGGCCACAGCUUGUUGGAUAUCGUUGGAUCAUGUGGACAGUGAAAAUGGUUAAGACGCCCCUGAAUGUUUACGUUCGGAGACCCUUUGAUCACCUGCCAAGGGUAUUGUAGGCCAUGUCCCUAUAUCAAGGUCCUCAAAUAAAAAUAGUCAUUUGGUAGAGCAACAUAGUUCUACAAUGCCUAGUUUUAGUCAAGAUACAAGUGGGACACUCAUACAAAAAAGUGCAAAUGAAAAAACUCUGGAAAAUGAAGAAUGUUAUAAAAAAGUAUCAAAGCUUGAAACAUUACUAUCAUUGCCUUCCAAAUGUAAAACCAGUGCUCAGUGGAAAAGUGACGAGGAUUCGCUUGAAAUAGUUAUAUCAGAUGACGAAGGUGAAACUACUGUGGGCUCAAAAUCUCAAACUAACGAGCUUUGUAAAUUCGAUUGUCGGGAUUUCGCAAAUUGGCCACGCCUGCUGACGCCACAAGUGAUAGACUUCAUUUUAAAUAAUUUACCCGAGGUGGAAGUGGACAAGAUAGAUUUUUCCCUCUCGAAACGUAAUUAUGCUAUUCGCUCGCGUUAUUGUUCAAAAUCACUUUUUUUUACAAAACUUUCGAAUGGGGUCGUAAGGCAGCGAGAAUGGCUAUUGUACUCUCAAUCGCUGGGAUUAGUUAUAUGUGUACCUUGUAAGUUAUCCGGUAAAAUUGAAUCGUCAACUCUAUCGUCAGGAUUUAAUGAUUGGCAAAAUGCGUCAAAAAUGUUCUCUUCCCAUGAAAACAGCCGUGUACAUCGCGAAAAUUCACAAAAAUUUGUAUUCAAAAAUAUUUCUUAUCGUACGGCAGACAGCGAUGAGAUAUCUCAGGCUAUCCCAUUUCAUGCCGUUUAUAUCCCGGGCUCUCCCACAGAUGAGUCGUAGGGAUGUCCUUAGGGUAUAUCUAGCUGAAAAAUCCUGUGAAGGAACCUCGGAGGAUUCUGGAUAUGUUUCUGGACGCGAUUCUGCACACGAACCUGCACAUGUAAUCUGGUCGGUGCCUGUGCAGGAAUUUGGGGAAGGAACCUGUACAUUAUCCUGUACAGGUACCUUUGCAAAGUAAAUUGAGACGCGGUUACCUGUACAAAAACACACACUUAUUCCAUUUAUUCCUUUGAAGAUCAAACUUAGUAGCGAGAGAGACAAGCCACUAGCGAAUUUUCGCGGAUUAGUUCAUGUGCAGGAUCACGCAAUAGGAUUCUGAGCAAGUGCCUGUACAUGAACCCGCCUCUCCAAUCACUUUGUAAAAAGACCUGUACAUGAUCAUUCAAAGGUUAUCUUGCAUACAGGUUCCUUGACAGGAUCAUGUACAGUUUCCUUUGCCCAAUUCCUGCACAGGAACCGUGAAGAUUACCUGUUCAGGUUCGUGUGCAGAGUCCUAUCCAGAAACAUGUUCUGGAUCCUCGGAGGAACCUAUACAGGAAUUUUUAGCUGGGCACUUACUGCAACAGAAAAAACUAGAGUUUCAUUUCUGUAACACUUCAUUUUUCGGUCCAGUUCACUUUCAAUUGACUAUAAGAAUCUCAAAAAAAAAAAAAACAUGUGAUAAUUUUGGAAAAUGAAAAAUAUUAAAUAGUUAAACUUUGAUUUUUCUAAAAUGGAACGGUGAAUUAAGCGAGAGAUUUUUCUACUGGUAAAUUAAAUUUUAGAGAAUGUUCAAUAAAUCUAAAUGACUUUGACUAAAUAUUGGCAUACUUAGUGUAGACCAACCGCUGAUUUUCAAUGCCUGGCUUAAGUAUAAAUUUAUAGAAAGUAUGAAUGGCUUACAAUUCAGUUCCUUAAAAGUUAUAAGGGGCUUUUUUCGAAGUGCUCAUAAGAAAUUAAAUAUUCUAUGUUAAGUUUGAGUUUUCAGCGAGGAGGGCAAGUUUACAAUUUAGUUCCUCUUCACAUUCUAAUAGGCCUUUUUUCUGAAAUGCUUAUAAGCAUUUAAGUAUUCUGUUUUGCAUUAUAAUUCAAGAAAAGACAACCGUUAAUGAUAAAAUCAAGAAGAUUUUGGUUAAGACAAGAUCGAACAAAUCUGCUUUGCUUUUUCCAAAUAUUUGUUUACCUACUUUAGAUUCAUCGUUCCAUUCUUAAUGUAUGUUUUAAGCAUAAAUUUAUUGGAAGUAUGAAAUAAUGUAAAGUUUUAGUGAUUUUCGACAAAGCUAAGCUUACAAUUCAGCUUUUUAAACAUUCUAGAAAGCUUUUUUCAAAGUGUUUAUAAGCAAUUAAACAUUCAGUUUUAAGCUUGAGUUUUUGAAAAUGGAGUGUUUAGGUUUAAGCAGGAUAUAUCUGAGAUAUUUCAGGUUCAGUGAACAAAAAAUGUUGUAAACAGUAUGUAACAUAUGUAAUGUAUGAUUGUAUUUAUUGUCAAUGAAAUAUAUGUAUAUAUUAGUAAACUAAUUAAA